GGGUGCGGUGGCAACCCUAAAUUUGUAGCACCAAACUCAUUAUAUAGUACACCUCCUAUCACAGUACACUGAGAUGGGUUGCUGGGAGUUGUAGGCACCACCACACACUUAUGUUAUAAUUACUGGUGACAGGGGAAAAGUCACCAGGACAGGCAUCUGAUGAUCUCCAUUGGUUCCACAACUGUACUCCACUACUCCCCGACCCCUUUUGGCUGGGCUAAAAAAGCGCUAUAUGCCCAGUUAGACGCUCAUAGCUCCCACGACGUGGGUGGACCAAGGAAAGGUCUAGCUGCAAUCCUCCAGAUCCGGGUGACGCAGUACCGGAACCCUUGAACACUGUCUGCGGGGAGCCGUAUUACUGAAGGACCACGCUCCUCCCACACCCGGAAGCGGCGGCACAGUGCAGCUAGAACCGUAAGACAAAGCUUGGAAGCAUUGAAUAUUUAUAUUGUAUGGUGAAAUAGUUGUAGCAAGGUUUGUCCGCUAAAGUGAUAACCAUGGCAGUCACUAUAAAUACUGAGCUGGACCCUGUAUUUUUGAAGGCACUUGGAUACCUCCACUCAAAGAGCAAGGACUCUGCUGAAAAACUGAAGGCGUUGCUUGAUGAGUCACUAUGCAAGGGCAACGACUCUGUCUACCGACCUCAACCCAAGGAAGUGGAGCAGCCCAAAGCAAUGUUGUCUAAAGUUAAGCCUGAAACAAAGGCCUCUAGCAGUACUCCAUCCAGCAGUAUCCUAAGCAAACCACUGGCUUCAGAGAAAGUGAAGAAGGAAGCUGAGAAGAGAACUGCUGAUAAGAUGAAAGUGGAAAUCAAUGACAUUAUGGAUAUCCCAAAGAAGCCUCGUAUAGAAAAGACAGAAGCUCGCUCUUCCCCUGUCACAGUACAGUUAAGCAAGGAUUUGCCUGUGCCAGAUCUCUCAAGCUUUGAAGAGACCAGUGCUGAUGAUUUUGCCAUGGAGAUGGGGUUGGCUUGUGUUGUUUGUCGGCAAAUGACAGUGUUCUCAGGCAAUCAGCUGGUUGAAUGUCAAGAGUGCCACAAUCUGUACCAUCAGGACUGCCACAGACCACAGGUCACAGAUAAAGAUGUGAAUGACCCACGGUUGGUGUGGUAUUGUGCUCGCUGCACAAGGCAAAUGAAAAGAAUGGCACAAAAGAAUCAGAAGCCUUCACAGAAGCCCGCCCCAUCAGCUGUAUCUGCAGUGACACCUGUAGCAAAGGAUCCCUCUGUUAAUAAACCUGAGCUGAAAUCCAAAUCCGAUUCUGCAAAUACAUUCUUAGCCUUUAAAAGAGCAGAAGUUAAGGCUUCCUCGGCAGUUUCAUCAAAUCCCUCCAAUUCUGGUGUAUCAUCAUCCUCUGCCAGUGGCCUGACAGGUUGGGCUGCAUUUGGAGCCAAGACAGCCAGUGCUGUACCAGUGUCGGGCAAACUGGGAACAAACUCCCAGGCAACCAGUGGAAAGCCUCCAUCACUUUCCUCAGUGCAGAAAGCUGGAACAGUACCGGGCCUUACUCCAUCUAAAGCAGGAUCAGUAUCUAAAAGCGGGUCUGGCGGAAGCAGCAGCACAAUCCCUCUAAAGCCACUGCCACCCCUCAUACUGGGGAAAACAGGACUCAGUCGUUCUAUGAGCAGUGAUAAUGUCAGUAAGACAGGACUUCCCAGUCCUAACCCAUCAUCCUCUGGAAGUGUUAGCAGUCUUAGUAGCCAGCUAGGUAGUAAUAAUGGAAGCAGUAAUACUGCAGGAAGCAAUGUGAACUCUAGCAACAAGGUGGCUGUGGAUCCCAGCAUGCAGCAGUCUGGAGCAAAAGGUCCCACCUCACAGGAAUCCCAGCUAAAUGCCAUGAAACGUCUACAAAUGGUUAAAAAGAAAGCAGCACAGAAAAAGCUGAAAAAGUGACAUUUCUUUUUGAGCAUACUGUACUAUGACUUCAUGGAUUCUUAAUCAAAUUAUCCUUAAAGGAUAAAAAGUGAGAGAAAAGUAAUAUGCCUGGGACAUUUGCCUAAUCUAUGUUUCUAUGUAACUAACAUGCAAAUAAAACCAGUUAUGUUGUG